AUGAGUUCGGUGGUGACCCGGCGCAGAGAGCAGCGCGUGCUGGUGAUGGUGGUCACCAUGGUGGCGUGCUACCUGGUGUGCUGGCUGCCCUACGGUGUCGCCGCCCUAUUGGCCGCCUUCGGCCCGCGCGACCUGCUAACCCCGGAGGCUAGCAUCACGCCGUCGCUGCUAGCCAAGUUCUCCACCGUCAGGCUCGGCAUCAUCAUCAUCAUCACCAUCGACAUCCCCAUCAGCGGUGAGAGACCGACUCCCAGCUCCAUUCAGGGCAAUCACAGCCUCGACAGCAGGCCAUCAGCAAGGCUUAAAGAGAUAACGAGCCACCUGAAAAGCCUCUCGGUCAACACCAGCCGAGACAGUAAUGUUACAGUCACACCUGAGAGAGCUGGACCCGCUCCGAGGCCAGGACCAGACGAGGGACCGUCACCAGUAUGUGCCUACAGAGUGAUAGAGGGAGGCAUUUGGGGACAGCUGUGUUUUCGAGACACGCUGUUUGGGUACAGGUGCAACGCGGGGGACUGCAGGACAUCGGUAUCUUUCGGGAAUCUUGUGGCACAUAUCCUCCUAAAUGGCAGCGUACUGUUACAGUGGACCCACGAGGGAGAAUUCGCCGUGACGGACCGACACACGGAGACUGCAGGGACCGCAGCCCGCGAGGGAAGUAGCGGGAGUCCGAGGACGAGUUCAGCACGGGACACUUCCAACAUUGUUUUCGAAGAGCCACGCCAGAAACGUAGCGGCUUCGAGUUAAGCUGCUGGUGGAAUGGAAGCUACACCCAGUUCGAGUGUGCCAGUGUGCAUCUUGGGACGGGCUGCAGGGACUUUCUCCUGUCCGAGCUGCACGAGAACAUCCCAUACCGCAUCUGUCUGCGCUCCUUGGCCCACUCGGCCACAGACAAGAGAGCAGCACACCAGCGGGACUGUGUGGAGUUUACCCUGCCGCCCUCUGGGAUGCAGGACAUUGUGAUCGCCAUGACAACGGUGGGGGGAGCCAUUUGUGUGAUGCUGGUGAUCAUUUGUCUGCUGGUGGCAUACAUCACGGAAAACAUCAUGAGCCCAGCGACACAGCACACGUACCCCUACCGCACUCACUCACAUCACUGA